UAAUUACAAUAUUUUUUGACAUAUAUAGAACUAGUUUUAAUAAUCUAUAUAAAUACAGAAAACUUGUUUGAAAUACGUGUUUAAUAUUUAAUCUUCUAUUGAAUAAAAAAUGCAUGGGCGAGUAAAAGUUCGAUCAACAGAGGAAGAGAAGAUUAGGAAGGAGAAAGAAAGACAAGAAAAAUUAAAGAUAUUUAAACAUGCUAUGCAAAAAAUUCAAGAUAAGAGGAAAAAUGAAGAACUGGACCAAGAGCUAAUGGAACUGACUGGUAAGGUCCUUACAACAAACCCUGAUAUUUAUACAUUAUGGAACAUUAGAAGAGAGACUUUAAAUGUUUUUAGAAAAAAUAUGGAAAGUAAGGAAGAAAACAUGGUGGAAUUGUAUGAUGCUGAGUUACAAUUGACAGAGUACUGUUUGAAAAUUAAUCCAAAGUCCUAUUGUGCCUGGCAUCAAAGAGAAUGGGUGCUAUUGACAAGAACAAAUCCUGACUGGGAAACAGAGUUAUCUUUAUGCAAUAAAUACCUGAAGUUAGAUGAAAGAAAUUUUCACACUUGGGAUUAUAGACGAUUUGUAGUCAGUCAAUGCAAACCCUCUUUAAAAGAGGAAUUUGAUUUCACAACUGAGAAAUUGAUGGAUAAUUUCUCUAACUACUCUGCAUGGCAUUACAGAAGUAAAAUAUUGGUAGAAUUACAUCCCGAUCUUGAAGCUGGCCGACCAAUUGAAGAUGGACAUCACAAACAUGAGUUAAAAAUGGUUGAGAGUGCUGCAUUUACUGAUCCAGAUGAUACAAGUGCUUGGUUUUAUCAGAGAUGGUUGUUAGGUGCUGUAAAAGUCACAGUCGACCUUGUAGUAUGUACCGUUAGUCCUAUAAAAACAACAGUGGCGUUUAACAAAAAAGUCUCCAAAGAUUAUGUUAAAAAAACAACCCAUUUAAUUAUAAAUAAUGCAUCUGUAAAUGGAGAAUGGUUAUCCUGUACGGGAAAUCAGUAUGAUAAUGUGUGGAUAUAUGAUCAUAAUGAAAUAAUUCAUGAUAAUUUGGAUAUAAAGGUAGAAUACACUAGAGACAAUGACAAUAAAAUUAUUAUUGCAUGUAAUUUGCAAAAAAAUACUGUGUACAUUGGAAAAAGUAAUAUAGAUUUUCAGAGAAAAUAUUCAGAACCGGUAAUUGAGGAAUUAAAGAAACAGCUUGAUUCAUGUCGUCAGCUACUGGCCAUGGAACCAGAUAACAAAUGGACUCUUUUGACUACAACGGUUCUUUUACAUUGCAUUAAUGCAAAACAUUAUCAUAAUGAGGUUAUUCAAAAUUUAAAAACAUUACAAAACAACGAUAAAAUGCGUGCAGGGUAUUACAGUGACUUAAUAUCAAAAUGGAGUAUAGAAAAUCAAUUGCAAGAUGAUUAUAAAAAUGAAAGUGCAGAGUUUACAGUAAAGUUUUCAGAGAAAAUAUCGUCAUUGCCACAUCUCCAUUAUUAUAGCUUUUGUGAGACUGUCAAUUUAUCUAAUCAGAAUUUAACAUCACGGGUACUACCUACGUUGUCUGUGCUUCAACAUUGUAAGAAAUUGUCAUUGGAAAAUAACAAUUUGACGACGUUGAAAGGAUUUCCUCCUCUGAAACUUGUUCAUUUAAAUUUGAAAGGAAACGAAGCCUUGGAUCUUAAUGAAAUAGAAGUGUUCAAGAAACAAAAUAAUUAUGAAAUUACGUUUUGAUGACGUGCAGUGAUAUUUACUAGAUAAUAUAUUUAUUUUAUAGUAUGUAAGUGUUAAUUAAAACCACUGUUUGCCGGUUUCUGAUAUGAAAUAUAUUCUAUAUUUAUUGAAAAGAAAGUAAACAAAUUAAAAUGAUUACAAAAUGCAUGCAGUUGUUACGCAUUACCAUUCCGAUUACUAAGGUAUCAUCCCUCCGUCCCCUGUAAUUUCACUGCAAUGUACAUUCCACCGAAACAGCUUACAAAA